AUGACAAAUACAAUUGCAAGAUUUGCAAAGGAAAGUUUAUUUAACAGCAAGAAUUUUGACGGGGACAACCUCCAAUUCACUCUUGAAUUUUACAAAUACAACACAAUACACAACAUGAAAUUCUUUAAAAAACUCUUUAAAUGCUUCAAGAAAACCCAAAAACAAGAUGAUAAUUGGGAUAAUGUUUGCGAAAAAGUUGAGUCUUGGUCAACAAAGUCAACAGACGAUAAAGAAGAAUCUUUUGAAACCACCUUACCGACUGUUGAAUUUGAUAAUCAAUUCUCU